AUGAACUUUAAGAAAAUUGGCAAACCAAACGCAGGCGUUGCACCUGCUGGACCCGACUAUCACGCCAUGGAUUUGGCUGCUGUUGCUGAAAUCUUGAAGACAGACAUGGAGGAAGGACUUACUGAAGCGGAAGCCAGUGAACGACUGACAAAGUAUGGACGCAACGAACUCUCAGGCGAAGGCGGCGUUAGUGCUUGGAAAGUGCUAAUGCGGCAAAUAUUCAAUAUUCUGAUUUUGAUUUUGAUCAUUGCUAUGGUCGUUUCCUUUGUAUUUAAGGAUUGGGUAGAAGGUGGUGUCAUCGCCGCUAUCAUCGUGUUGAAUGCCGCCAUUGGCUUCUUUCAAGAAUACAAGGCUGAAAAAACAAUGGAGUCUCUCCGUCGCCUUGCCUCUCCCACAAGUAAAGUUGUACGCCAUGGACAUCUAGUUACGAUUGCUACUCGUGAUCUAGUGCCUGGUGAUAUUAUGUCGUUGAAACACGGUGACGUUAUUGGUGCCGAUUGCAGAAUUAUCGAGUGCUUCAACUUUGAAGUCGAUGAAGCCUUGCUUACCGGAGAAUCUCUACCCGUUAACAAAGAGUAA